UCCCAUUCAUAAUUUAACCGUAAAGGCUUUUACGUGAGGUUUAUUAGUUCACUCACCAAAGUCUUCGAUUUUUUGCGUGAUAAGUUUCUUUUUAACGCGAUAUUAUUUUUGCCACCCACAUUUUCAUUGAGGAGUUGUCUUUUCUUCAUUCAUAAACAUGGUUUAGUAGUAUCUCAUUGAUGACAACUCAACAUUGACAGUAGUCAUGACAAUGUUCCUAAGUUAACCUCGUCAAAACAUUUUGUAAGAUUUCUUUAGAAUAAGCAGCGACACAUUUUCUUUGUUUGCAUUAGAAAAAUAAACGAACUCAUUCAUUUUUUGUCUGGUACGAUGCGAUUACCAUCGUUAUAAAAGCAGCAGUACUAGAUGUGGUAAGACCAGAACUAGAUACAAAGCAAAACUGUGGGUACUGUGACGUGGCUAAGAAUUACAAAAAUAGCCAAGAUUUUUUUGAGGGUUCAAAUUUGAUAAACUAUGGAGAUUUAUUUGGUUGUUAAAACAUUGUUUUUUUUAAAUACUGUGUUUUUUUAUUCCGACUCUAAACCUUUGACAAAUGUUUUAACAACUACGUUAAAAUCUUUGACAGAAACUAUAUCGACAAUAUCAAAUGAUGAGGACGAAGCUAAAAACUAUUUGAUAAAAUUUGGUUAUCUCACAGAAGAGGAAUUGGAAAAACACGCAGAAGAGCCUGAAAAUGUAUAUACGACAAAUCCGCUACGAAAAAAAAAAGUAGCACAAAAAACAAUUAAAGAAGCCAUUUUUGAUUUCCAAGUGUUUCACAACUUACCUAAAACAGGUAUACUUGACAGUGCAACGUUAUUAAAAAUGCGAGCUCCCAGGUGUAACACAAUUGAAAAAAAGGAAGAUGCUCAUAAACUAAAUGUAAUGCUGAGUAAACACGGAAGGCUAAAAAAAAGAUCUUUGGGUUCGUUUCAAAAAAUGAGCCAGAGCGAAAUGACUUGGACAUUAAACGACCAUAAACCGGAUGGAAAGUAUUUGCAUUUGGUAAAUGUACUUGACCUAAUUGAGUUUGGAUUAAAUGUUUGGGCAAAAGUUACAAAUAUUAAGUUUAAAAGAAUACAACACAGAGAUUUUUUUCAAGCAGAUAUCUAUUUCAGUUUCCAUACAGGAGACCAUGGCGAUGGCAAUUCUUUUGACGGACCUGGUGGUUCAUUGGCACAUGCUAUAAACAAAGAGAUUCAUUUUGACAAGUCAGAACCAUGGCAAUAUAAUUUAAAAUAUUCCACUCUUAUGAAACGUCCUGCAAAUGCUCCCGACUUUGUGUAUACAGUAAUUCAUGAAGUAGGUCAUGUUUUAGGUCUUUCGCAUUCACGAAAGUUGACAUCCGUUAUGCAUGAGACUAUUCAAAUUCCGUUUAGUAAAGAUGAUCCAUACGUACUAGAUGAUGAAGAUAUUACAAAAAUAAAAGCUGACUAUGGUCAAUGUUGGCCCAACAGCAUAAAAUCAGCCUUUAGCGAUUUGCGAAACGGAAAAACUUACUUCAUAGUACCUCCUUUCUCUUAUCAGUUAAAUGAUGCUAAACUUCAGGUUGAAAACGGAUGGCCAAUGCUCACAAAAGAAAUUUGGGGUGAAGAUCAAAUUGAUGAAAUUUUUUAUCACGUUGAUGACAGAGUAUACUUUUUUGUGAAAGACCGUUAUCAUUUUUCAUGGUACGGAACAUUAUCACCUUCAUCUGCAAUUGGAACUGAUAAAAACACUGGACAAGUUGGAUGGCCUGGUCUUCCUGGAACGGCAAUAGACGCUGCAUUUGUACAUACUGAUGGAAAAGCUUAUAUUUUCAUUAAUGACCUAGUAUACAGAUGGGAUCCUAAUGCAUUAACUUCAAGCAGAAAUAGUUAUCCAAAAGGGGCUGUUGAAUCGGGUUGGCCAAAAAAGUCUUCCGAGGUUUUUCCAGGUAUCCCAAACAAAAUUGACACUGCAUUCCGUUGGUAUUACAACGGGAAAGUGUACUUUUUCAAAGACAAAUAUUUCUGGGAAUGGAUCGAAAAAGAUAAAAAGUGCGAUGGACCAUAUGGCACCCAUCAAUGGAAAAACAUAUGCGAUGUUAUGUUUUGUAACCAAGAACCGUGCAAGAGUUGGGAUGCCCCUUAAGAAAUUAAAGAUUUCUAUUCUUGAAUUCUUGAUUCUUCAAAAUAACUUUUAUUUGUAACAAUAUAAAAUUGUAAAUGUGUAAAUAUAAGCUGUAAAUAAAAAUUUGUACAUUUAAAUAUACCACAUUAACAAAAACUUUAUAUAAA